GCGGCGGCCCGUGAGUGGUGCGGCACCAGCGAGGUGCGGGCGAGACCGGGGCGUGCCGAGAGCCGCCGCCCGGGCGGCCCGGUGAUGGUGAUGAGUGCCUUCAGCCAGCUGGACCUGGAGAAGCGGCUCUCGCAGCUUAAGGACACGGCCGAGAGCAUCCAGACGCUGUCCGCCUGGUGUCUGAAGCACAAACACCAGCACCGGCGCAUUGUGAACAGCUGGUUCAAGAUCAUCAAGCGAGCCAAAGUGCAGCAGCGGCUGCCGCUGUUCUACCUGGCCAACGAUGUCAUCCAGUACAGCAAGCGGAAGAGCCUGGACUUUGUGCCGUCAUUCCAGACGGUGCUGGAGGGCGCCAUGCCGCUCGUCAGGGACGAGAAGCUUCGGCCGGCUAUCACGCGCAUCCUGAAGAUCUGGGACGACCGCGGCAUCUUCCCGCAGGAGUUCAUCGCCACGCUCACCAACGUCGUUAGCAACGUCAGCAAGGCGGACACCAAGGAGAACGCCCAGAUCCUCUCCGACUUCAGGACCAGCGACCUGAUCAAGCACGUGCGGGAGGUGGACGAGACCGAGAAGGAAACGGACAAACGACUCAAGGCCAUCAACGACGGCGAGUUCCACGUCUCGGACACGGCCAUCGAGGAGCUGCGAGCCAAUGUCAAGUCGCGUUCGCAGUCGAAGCUGUUCGUCAGCGAGCUGGAGGAGGGCAUCCGCGCCGUGGAGCGGUACGUGUCGGCGCUGGACCGCGAGAUCCAACAGCGCGCCGAGCUCAUCGAGCAGCUGGAGCGCAGCGAGAUCUACUACGAGACGCAGCGCAACGACGCCAAGGUGGUGGCCGUGGCAUACAAGAACUUCAGCAAGCGGGUGCGGGAGAUGAAGAAGAAGGUGGAGGAGGGGCUGCCCGACCUCCCGGACGUGUCGCCGGUGCCGUCGCCAGACAUCAACGCGCCCUCACCGACCAACUCGGACGACGGUCUGCAGCUGCCCGACGACGCCGGGAGCAGCGACAAGACGGACCCGCGGUCGGAGAUCGAGCGUCUUCUCGGCAGCUGGACGUCCGGCAACACGUCCAACAGUCCCAAGUCGACAGGCGCGCCGGAGAACGGCGCCCCGUCCGGCUCCAGCAUCACGGUGGUGACGGGUGUGCAGCAGGGCGGCACCGUGUCGGCGCGCGACACGCCGCUCGAGGACGAUCACGACUAUGAGGACGACUACGAGGCGGGCCCGUCCGGUGGCCAGCUGUCCGACUUCAUGCGGCUGAUCGGGCAGAAGCUGCAGCCGUCGGUGGCCGACUCGGACCACCGGCUGUGGGAUCGCAGUGUGGACGACUUCAUCUCGCAGGCGGAGGCGGACGAGCCGAGCCUCUCGAGCUGGUCGUCGAGCGUCGGCUCGCCUGAGCCGGAGGAGGGCCGUAGCGAGCGGCACCGCAGUCGUGAGCACCGCAAGAAGCGCCGCCGCCGCGACAGCGCCGGCCACCGGCACAAGAAGGAGCGGCACCACUCGGCCAGCCGCACCGGCAAGGCCAAGAAGAGGCGCUCGUCGGAGCGCGAGAAGGAGCGCCCGCGCGACAAGGACCGCGAGAAGGGACGCUCGCGCGACCGCGACAGGGAGCGCGAGCGCGAGAAGGAGCGCUCGCGAGAGGAGCGCGAGAAGGGCCGCUCGCGCGACCACGGUCGCUCGCGCUCGCGUUCCAGGGAGCGCGACCGCAGCGAGGGCCGGCGCCGGAGCGGCGGCGGCGGCUUCGACUACAGCCAGGUGGGUGCCGGCGCGCACAAGGCGGGCGGCAGCGGUGCGACGCACCGCGACAGAGGCAGUCGGCGUUGGUAA